AUGCCGCCAUUCCACCUCCCUACUCUCCUGCUGUCCUUGUCUGUUUAUCUGUGGGGAACCAUGGCGUGUGAGAUGGAGAACAGCACCACGGAAGAAGGGACCGGGUCCCUGCUGAAUGCCAACAUCAAAUGGCCGGUGCAGAGGGUGGUUUCGAUCGAAGGAGACUUGGUGUUGGGAGGUAUGUUCAACAUCCACGAGCGAUCAGACGCAUAUACGUGCGGGAAAGUGCUAGAACAGUCGGGUGUCCAGGCUAUGGAGGCCAUGCUCUACACGGUGGACAUGGUCAACAACAACCCGACACUUCUGCCCAACAUCACCAUCGGCGUCCACAUCUUGGACAGCUGCGACCGCGACACGGUGGGGUUGGAGCAGGCGGUGGACUUCAUCCGCGGCUCCAUGAACAUCGUGGGAGGUUCCAGGUACAAGUGUGCGGACGGCUCGGUUCCCACCGUGGAUUACAAAAAGAUCGUCGGAGUUGUCGGCUGUUCGUCCAGCGUCACCUCCAUCCAGGUGGCCAACCUGCUGAAGCUCUUCACGCUCCCACAGAUCAGCUACUGGUCCACCAGCCCUGAGCUGAGCAUCAAGAAACGGUUCCCCUACUUUUCACGAACUGUUCCGUCUGAUGAAUUUCAGGCUAGAGCAAUCAUGGACAUUGUGACCACCUUCAACUGGACCUACAUCUCCGUGGUGUACGAGGAUUCUAACUACGGUCAGCAGGGGCUGUCACAGCUUAAGGCGGAGGCUGAGAGAAGAGGCAUCUGCAUUUACUUGGCCUUGAAGUUCCCACGAGAUUCGCAGAUGGCCAGUAGCGAGUGUUUCAACGACAUUAUGAAAGAUCUCGGGACCAAAGACACCGUAAGAGUGGUGAUUGUGUAUGGUACUGACCAGGACGCUGCUGAGUUGAUGCGGGCUGCCAAGCGUGCUAACACUGCAGGGCGGUAUGUGUGGAUAGGCAGUGAUGGCUGGAGCAGUCGGCAGUCUCCAGCACAGGGACAAGAGGAUGAGCUGGAGGGUGCCAUCACCAUCCAGCCCAUGGCCCAGGAGAUAGAGGGAUUCGACGAGUACUUCGCGUCCCUGAACCCGGCCACCCACCGGCGGGACCCCUGGCUCACCGAGCUGUGGGAGGAGCACUUCCAGUGCAAGUGGCCCGGCAGCAUGCUCACCCCCUUCAACUACCACUUCGACAGCGUCAACAAGACGUGCGACACCAACGUCUCCAUCAACGCCCACACGGGGUACAAGCAGGACGGGCAGCUGCAGUUCAUCGUGAACGCAGUGCUGGCGUUCGCGCACGCUCUGGACGACGUGCACAGGACGUACUGUAAGAACGUGAGCGGGCUGUGUGAGGACAUGAGGAGGGUUACGGGGAGGGAACUGCUGGAGUUCAUCAGGAACGUUUCGUUCACCGGAAUCACUGGUCAAAAGUUUAAGUUUAGCGCCGUGGGAGACGGACCGCCGAGGUACAAGAUCCUGAACUACCAGCAGGUCUCUGACGGCGUGUAUGACUACGUGCCGGUCGGGUCUUACAGUGAGGGACUCGACGUGAACGUCAGCAUGAUACGAUUCCGACUGGACAACGAGUCGUAUCCAGACUCCUUCUGCAGCAAGGAGUGCGGCAUCGGGGAGAUGAAGAGCUUGCAAAACGAGGCGUCGUGCUGCUGGAUCUGCAUCCCGUGUCAGAAGUACCACAUCUUGGUGGACGAGUUCACCUGUGAGGAGUGCGAACAAGGGAAAAUCCCAGACGAGAUGAAGAAGCAAUGCCUGAACGUCUCCCUGCAUUACUUGCAGCACAGCAGUCCGUGGGCAAUUGCUCCAAUGACCUUUUCCAUAUUUGGCAUCGUCAGCACGACCGUAAUUUUAUCCAUUUUCAUUCACAACGCGGAGACGCCAGUAGUGAAGGCAUCAGGCAGGGAGCUCAGCUACGUGCUGUUUGCUGGAAUCUACUGCUGUUUCUUCAUGACUUUCGUCCUGAUUUCCAAACCGUCCAAGUUCGUCUGCGGUCUCCAGCAGGUCGGCGUCGGCUUCUGCUUCUCGAUGUGUUACACCGCACUGCUCACCAAGACCAACAGGAUCGCCAGAAUCUUCAACAGAGCCAAGCGUUCAGCCAAGAGACCAAGUUACAUUAGUCCCAAGUCGCAGCUGCUGAUAACGUUAGGACUAGUGGGCGUUCAAAUUCUCAUUUCCGCGAUACUGCUCUUCACAGCACCGCCCAUCGCGAAGCCAGACUUCCCGUCACGAGAGCAGGGACAGCUUGUCUGUAGCGCCGUGCUAGACGGCUCCUUCAUGAUAGGAUUAGCCUAUCCAAUAGCCCUCUUUAUCCUGUGUACUUUUUACGCAUUUAAGACCAGGAAGAUUCCAGAAGCAUUCAACGAAGCAAAGUUUAUUGGUUUCACCAUGUACACGAUCUGCAUCAUAUGGCUGGCGUUCGUUCCAAUCUAUUACACUACAGCGAGCAAUAUUGAAGUGAGGACUGCUACAAUAUGUUUCACGAUCAGCAUGAGUGCAGCGGUAACGCUGGCCUGCAUCUUCCUACCAAAGGUUCAUAUCAUAGUGCUUCAUCCAGAGAAGAACGUCAAGCUGAGGAGAAUGACGUGCGCCAGAAGACAGAGCUUCUACUCACUGCAGGGUACUUCAGAAACCACAGCCACAGAACUCGCUCUAGCGAGACGGAGGUCCAAGAUGAAUAUGUGUCCCAACUGUGGCGCUCCUAUUCCCUUAGCCGUGGCCAAAUCCUUAGUGGACAAAGCUAUGAAGAGCAAGGACAAAGAAGAAAGAAAUGCUGCAGCUGGGGGGCGUAAUCGGCGUGCUGUGAAGUUUAAGAUGCCGAUAGACGGAGAGAACGUCGUCGCCUCCAGUUCCUCUCGUAGGAACCCACUUGGCACGACCGUCAGAAAGCGUGGUGCGUUUCGCUCGCGAAAGUUCACUCCUCCAGAGAGUUCCACUAUAGAAAACAAAGAAUCCGUGGAGGAAGCCGCUCCACCUACUAUAGAGAUAAACAUAGCAAGAACUCCAGAGAAAUCAAAAGAAGAGACGCAAGUAGCCCCAGUAGAAGAACAACAGCCACCUGGUGAAACAGACACUGAACCUGGCAAACCAGAUCUUCCGAAGAGCUCCCCUCCUCACGACAGCCCUGUGGCGUCUGUUCACGAGGAACACGAGAUCUCGGUUUGUAUGGAGCUCUCCACGGCAGGGCCCUCGGGAUCGGGGAGUUCAACAACAACAGAGGAGGUCAUCGCCAACCACCAUCCUCCUGUCGACCUGGACGCUAACUCCGAGUCUCAGACGGAGACAGAGGAGGACACUCAAACAAACUGCGUGGCGACCAACACCACAGCAAAGGACAGAGACUACAGGAUGGCGCUUCAGGAAGAAAUCAAAUUCGCACCAGAGGAAGAGUCAGGGUUUCCACUCGAGGAGAAGUCGGACAUCAAUUGCACUCCAGAGCUCAGUCACAUUAUACAAGAAGCUACUUGUUAG